AUGCGCGGCGUCGAGCUCGCGGCCAGGGACGCCCUCGCGGCGAUGGGCCUGCCGCUCAGCCCCCAAACAGCCCAGGCCCAGAAGGCGGCGCGUCAGAGGCAGAUGGUCGUCUUCGACAUCGAUGAGACCGUGCUGUCAAACGUGCUGCGCGACCCCGCCGCGUUCACCAAGGGGCGCCGGCUUAUGGGCGCCGCCGACCUGGCGGCGCUCAGGGACGCUGCGGCGGCGGCGGCGCCGCCGGCCGCGACGCCGGCGCUGAAGCCCGUGCUGGGGCUGUACCAGGCCCUGUGCGCCGCGGCACACCCGCUCGUCCUGAUCACCGGCCGCCGCGAGCCCCUGCGCGCGCCCACCGCCGCCGCCCUGAAGCUCGCCGGCUACGGCGAGCCGUGCCAGGGCGGCGCCAGGAACGGCGACCCGGGGGUGUGCUGCUAUACCUCCCUCCUCAUGCGCGGCGCCAACGACAGCCGCCUCGCGUCGGUGGUGAAGCCAGAGGCGCGGAGGGCUGCGCAGGUCAAGUAUGGGUUUCAUAUCUGGGGGUCAGUCGGGGACCAGUUCAGCGAUAUGAACGGGUUGUAUCACCCAGAGGUGGCCAUCAAGAUUCCCAACCCGUUUUACACGAUCCUGUGA